AUGGAGAAUCUCAAAGGAGAAAAUAUUGGCUUCAUCCAUGCUGACAACGCUUCCAGCCCUUCCUAUCCUAUCGAUCAAGUGGCAAAGCGUCAGAAAGUUCGCCAGGCAUGUGACUUUUGCCGUGAACAUCGGGUCCGCUGUCAAGCCACGACACCAUGCCCCCAGUGCAUUGAGAAUCGUGUUUCCUGUAUUCGUCCCAGGCGAUCAGGUGCUCGUCCUAAUUGUCAACAUGAGGCUUUGUUUACUCGAGAAAAGAGUGACAAUGUCGAACCAUCCUCGUCUGUUCGAGCACAGUCGCCAUCGGGGCUAUCGGCCCAAGGCGAAGAAGCCAACACCACCCAGAGUGUGGAAAGUGACUCCACUCCACAGCCAUCAGGAACAGAUGAUACAGAACCUGUAACCAACCGGAUGGAUUCGAUGCUGGGCUUCAUCUCUCGCAUCAACGACUUCUGCUCGAGGAUGCCUCAGCUCACCUCCGUUCCAGCCCAUUCACCUGCCCAUGAGCAACCGCCUGCUUAUACAUGUCCUUAUCCCCAUUAUGUUCUGGAAGUAAUGGGUGCUGCAGAGUGCUCUUUAUCAAAUGCACAGAUAGAGCGUCUGCUGCGGAUUUUCUGGACGCGUUUACGACUGCAGGUGCCGAUUGUCCAGCGCAGGGACUUGGACCUGCCUGCUGCUCAACGAGGCCAGGGAUCCCCAGCCUCUCCCCUGCGUGAUGCUAUUACGGCGUAUUCCAUGCAGUCUGCCUUCUACUUGGGGCUGAACACACGGCUUCUUGGUCUGCAGUGGGAUGAGUUCAUGAGAGGCAGUCAGAGUACAAUGGUUGGCAUGUCGUAUUUUCGGCGUUGUUUGGCAGCUACGACUCAGUACACGACAUUUUCGGGGCCCUCAAUACUUGCUCUUCAAUGCUAUUGCUUUAUGACACUAUACUUGCUCGAUGCUGGACAGCACCAAGCUGCGUAUAACAUGGUUGGGCUGGCCGUUCGGAUCGCACAGUCACUCAACCUUCACCAGGACCCGACAGCGAGUACGCCUCGUGAUGAUGCAGAGAUCUUUCGGCGUAUAUGGUGGACAUUAGUUCAUCUUGAUUUUCGCUGUUCGAGGCAUCUGGGAAAGCCUAUUAGUGUUCAGCUUCGUGAUUCUACCUGUGUGCCGCCUCAUGUGCAGGUGCUGGAGCCAGAGUAUACCUCCUACCAUGCCCAGUCAAUGCGUUUGACAGCCGCUGCACUCUCUGUUAUCGACUCGAUUGUUUGUUAUCCCGCCCCCGAGACAACUGAUUGUAUGGCCCAUGUUGAGGCUCGAGCAAAAAUACUUUCUGGCGAGUUAGGGCUUUUAUGCAAGUGGCGAGAGGAAGUCUUGCAAGACAAAUCGUUUCGCAGCUUGCAGCUUGAUAUAGAGAACAUGUCAGUUGAUGCGGAUGAUGAAUUUCUAAACCAGCCACCGCCUCAGAUACUAUUAGCCACACUGCUCGAACUCCAGCACCACGACAUCAUUAUUACUCUCCACAGAGUUUUUAUCCAGUUCCCAACUCAUACCACGGUGCCCAAAAAUACUCCUCGAGCAGAUGUCCAUGCAGCCACGGCGCUUAAGCAUGCUAUGGCAACCAUUAAUGUGGUGCAUUGUCGUAUGACACACCAUGAUGCACUUUAUGGGUCGUGUGAGCUGUAUCAAUACCAGUGGAAUGCUGUCUUGACGCUCAUCGGAUUCAUGCUGGCAUAUCCAUUUUGUCACCGAUUUCAAAAAGCACGGAAGCACACCGAUAUGGCCCUUGAAAUAUUUGAAUCUGCCGGUAGCCAGAACAUUGCAGCAGCCCGUGCAGCGUGUCUUACACGCCAUCUUUGUAGCAAAGUCGACACUCUUGUCAGAAUAUUAAAUAUCACUGAAAGACCGGACCCGGCUGAUUUGUCCAAACAAGACUUGAAUACUAUGCCUGGCAACAACGCGAAUACUGCAAACCAAACGCCAGAUAUCUCAAAUAAUCCGGCAGUCCAGCCUACUGGUAUAGAAGAGCACACUCCCAUCUCCCAACAGCUGCAAGAUGCAAAUGAAGACGUAUUAUGGCCUCGGGUCGACCUUUUAGGCCCAGAAUCUUGGGCUGCAUAUUGUAACGAGGUGAAUGAGGCUUUUACUGGAUUGCCGGAUAUAAACAUGUUUCAUGACUCGCUGUUCUUCAACAAUUAA